GCUUCUCCGCUGCGGACAGCUACAACGUAUGUGUGGGCAGAACCAUAGCCUUUAAUUCGAAACGCUCACACCGCCGCGCGCAGCACUACGCUUGAAUGUUUGUGUGCGUAUGUGCUCGGUGUGCAAACCAGAAAAUCGGGUUUUACGGCAAAACAUUUGUGAUGUGAGUCGAACGAAAUCGGGCUGUAGACAAAUACUGUUGGACAGCAACGAAUGUGGCCAAACGGCUGACUGACUGACAGACAAGGGGAACAGGUUCGCUGGUUGUCUAGUCGCAGCGAGUCAAACACAACAAAAGAACGGCUCGUCAUGAACAGACCGAACGGAACGUAGGAAUCGGACCGUACGCGUAUUUGAAAGCGGGCUUUUCAGUUUUGUCGCCAACAGCGACUCUUGCAAUACAUUUUGGUUUACAUAUAUUUAUUAGAAACGCAAUUUCACUUGAAUUCGAAUUGGAUACUACCGGCGCGCUUAAAUGAAUUACUCGAAAGUGAUUUAAAAGUUAAAAAUAUACUAAGCAAGAAUUUAAAAAUUGAGAAUAUCUGAACAUAAAUUCCCGUGCGCGUCGCAAAGUAAUGCCGUGAAUUGUGGAAAAGUGAUUGAAAAGUGUUUGAAGAAUUCUAAAGAAUAAAGAAUUAUGGUGAAUUAAAUACUUAGUGAUACAUUUCAUGAAAAAAAUAUUAUUUCAUUAAGUCAAAAAAGCUUUUAAUGUAUUUAUAGCUUAUCAAAGCUAUCAAAUGUGCUGUGUUUAAAGAAAAUAGUGCACAACAAUAAUAAAAACAUAUAAAAAUCAUCCAGUUUAUUGCUUACCCACUAAAAAGAGAAAUCCCCUACUUUAACUAAACAACACAAAUACUUACAAAAACAAAAUCAUAAAAAUUAUUCUGUAACCCUGUGUCACUAUGAGCUCAUUUCUAAUGGGUUACCCACACGCGCCGCAUCACGUUCAAAGCCCGAUGGGUAUGGGUAAUGGAUUAGACCCGAAAUUUCCGCCUGUGGCCGACGACUAUCACCACUAUAACGGCCAUUACUCCAUGACGGCAACGACGGGCCAUAUGUCGGGAAUGGGUGCAACGAUGGGUGGUGGCAUGCCUCCCACCAUGCCAACGCAUCCUCAUGCUACGCACCCCGCCGACAUGGUCAACGACUAUAUGGCGGCCGCGGUUCAUCAUUCUGCUGCUAAUCAUCAUCCGCCUCAUCCGCAUGUCCAUACAAAUAGCGCGCUCUCGGGUCACCAUCACAAUAACGGUUAUACGAAUUAUGCUCCCACACCCACCCAUCAUCACCACCAAAGUCUUGGUUACUAUGGCCAUCAUGCGGCGGCGAUGCAUUCCGCUCCGCCGGAAUUCAUAUCGGCCGGCGCGGUGCAUUCAGAUCCUGUAACAUCUUUGGGUAAUGGUGUUUAUCCACCGCCGGUAAAUACACCGAACGGUUUAAGCGCUUCGCUUACCACGAAUGGUUAUUAUAACGGUUAUUAUGGUACAAAUGGCAGUGUUGGCAGCGCACAUUCGCAAGGUCAUUCGCCGCAUUCCCAAAUGAUGGAUAUGCCCCUGCAAUGCUCCUCAACUGAACCACCGUCAAACACGGCAUUGGGGCUGCAAGAAUUGGGUCUCAAAUUGGAAAAACGCAUUGAAGAAGCAGCACCCGCCGGACAACAAUUACAAGAACUGGGUAUGAGAUUGCGCUGUGAUGAUACUGGAUCGGAAAAUGAUGAUAUGUUAGAGGAGGAUCGACUUAUGUUAGACAGAUCGCCCGAUGAAUUGGGUUCAAAUGGAAAUGAUGAUGAUUUGGGCGAUUCAGAUUCGGAUGACGAUCUAAUGUGCGAGACAACAGAUGGCGAAAGAAUCAUAUAUCCAUGGAUGAAAAAAAUACACGUGGCCGGCGUUGCAAAUGGCUCCUAUCAGCCGGGCAUGGAGCCGAAACGCCAACGCACCGCUUACACCCGCCAUCAGAUACUCGAAUUGGAGAAGGAAUUCCAUUACAACCGCUAUCUCACACGUCGAAGACGCAUCGAAAUCGCGCAUACAUUGGUGUUGUCGGAGCGUCAAAUCAAAAUCUGGUUUCAAAAUCGACGCAUGAAAUGGAAAAAAGACAAUAAAUUGCCCAACACGAAGAAUGUGCGCAAGAAGACGGUCGAUGCGAAUGGAAAUCCAACACCGGUAGCGCCGAAGAAGCCGAAAAGAGUGAGUGCAAAGAAGCAAGCGCAACAGCAACAACAACAGCAGCAAUUGCAGCAGAGUAGUCAGCAACAAACACAACAACCUCCAGUAAUAAAUGAGUGCUUACGAACGGAUAGUUUAGAAAGCAUUGGUGAUGUUAGCUCUUCACUGGCGAAUACCCCCUAUAUGCCAGUGCCGAAUGAUCCGACGAAUAUGCUUAAUGCCGCAGCGCUGCAUCAGCAUCCAUGCAAUAACAGUAACAACAACGGUAGUGGUGGCUAUACAGGACCUCAACAACAACAGUUGCCAAAUAGUCAUACGAAUGGUGGUAUCAACGGUGUACCUGGCAGCUUGCAGUCCACAAACAACAACAAUCAAAUGCAUGCGAAUCUCCAUCCCGCCAAUCAGCACACACACACAUCGCUGCCACCGCCAACGCAGCAACCGGAUAUGAUGACGAAUCUGCAGCAUAUAAAACAGGAUUAUGAUCUAACCACGCUGUAGAAAUCGUGGGUAGGGGAUCGAUGUGCGGCCUAGGGUUCUUAAAGAUAAUAAAUUUUAUAUGAGUCUUGCAUUUGAUAUUUACCUGCACUAUUCGUCUUUUAAGUGUCAUUACAACAACUUUAAGCGCAAUAAUUUUUAUAAUUUGGUGAGCAAUAAACAGUUAUCUAAUUUAGUUAGAUAAUAUUUUUGUUAUGGACCUUUUUAUUUUUUCUUCUUCUCCUUAAUAAAAUAAAUUCGUUAAAAAAAAUUAGAGUGCAAACUAUAUUUAACUUAAAGUAAAAAAAAUUAAUUAUGCUUUUAUUCAAAGCCAUUACAUAUACAUACACACAUGUCUGUAUGUAUACCAUUAGCUUUUCAAAUUGCCACUUUCCAAUAGUGGUCAAUAACAGAUUCGGAAAAUGCAGUGAAUUAGUUAAGUUGAAAUUUAAAUGUACAUAUGCAAAUACAGUACAACAACAAUGAUGUUUUUGUACAAUAUGUACAUAUAUAGUGAUUUAAACUGUAGAUAUUACUGUACAUUUACAUAUGGGGUUAUGUAAUUAUAAUAUAUACUAUGUAUGUACAUGAAGUGCAUAUGUAAUGUUAUCGAUUAAUUUAAAAAGAUUUCUUGGCUAAGGAAAUAAUAUCAAUACCUAUA